AUGCGUGCUGCCACCAUCCUCGCCAUAAUCUCUGGCGCCGCCGCCCUCUCCAUCCGCGCCGAGUGCCCGACCUCGUCCGGCUCCCCGUGCGGUACCGUCCAGGUCCUCGGCCAGACCGUCACCUACCCCAAGUGCACCUGCAAUACCUACUGCUCCGGCCCCGUGUCCGUCGGGGGCAUCUCCGCCACUGUCAGCAUCGGUGUAAGUGCAAUAAUACUAGACGACAAAUGGUAA